AUGACUUCUCGACUCGACCGACUGGUCACAUUACUUGAAACUGGCAGCACUCAGCUGAUUCGAAACACUGCUGCUCAACAACUGGGUGAUGUUCAGAGACAACAUCCCGAUGAGCUUUUCAACUUGCUGGGUCGUAUUCUACCCUAUCUGCGAUCCAAGUCAUGGGAUACUAGAACAGCUGCUGCUCGGGCAAUUGGGUUGAUCGUCACGAAUGCUGAUAUUUACGAUCCUAAUGAAGAUGAUGGGCUGCGUAUUUCUUCUGCAGCAGAUGAUGACGAGGAUCAUGUCAAAACGGAGGUCAAAGAAGAGAUCAAAGCAGAAGAAGCUUCCCUCGAUCCAACCUUGCGACUUGAUACUCUAGAUCUAGCCGCUGUGUUGAAGCAUGGUAGACGUUUACUCGGUACCGCUGGCAAGGAGAAUGAGUACGCUCUGGCGGCAAUGGCGACAAUGGAACCGGCAGCACGUCUCCAGUCUCAGAAGAAAACCUUGUUUCACCGUUUGGGUCUCGCUGGAGAGUACACCGAAGUCGACCUCAUUGAGAACAGCAGCGUCAUCCCCAAACUAAGCAAGCCAACGACAAAACGAAAGCUAUCGAGUAUCACUGUUCACCGAGAAAACACCCUACAAGAUGAGUCACCUUCACGGCCAUCUUCGCCAGGUGAAACGCCCAAACAGGAAGAGGCUGGUCUCAGCAAACGUCAACUGAAUCAGUUGAAACGUAAGAACAAGCUGAAUGCCAAGUUUGGUGCUAAUAAGGUCCGAGUCGUGGACUUGUCCGCCAGGCGACCCUCAGAAGUUGUCACGACUCCUGUCGUGGUGACUCCUCACGCCAUCAAAGCCGAAAUUACUGAUGAGCAACUGAAUGACGAAAACCCAGACUAUUUUUCACUCGACCGAUCUGCGGAAGACGACGAUUCGAAAAUUGUCUCGGAAUUCAAAGGACCGAUUGUACCCGAAAGACCGAUGAUUCAACCCGAGGUAGUUGAUCAGGGGUCUGGAUGGCCUCUGGAAUGCAUGUGUGAAUUUUUAACCAUGGACAUUUUCGACCCGAACUGGGAGGUACGCCAUGGCGCAGCGAUGGCUCUUCGAGAGGUCAUCAGAGUUCAAGGAGCCUCAGCGGGUCGUAUAGACGGCAAGACUCGCAAAGAGAACGACGUACUCAAUCGCAAGUGGCUAGAUGAUCUUGCCUGCCGCUUAAUCUGUGUCCUGAUGCUCGAUCGAUUCGGUGACUUUAUUUCAGACAAUGUUAUCGCGCCCAUUAGAGAGACUGUCGGUCAGACUCUUGGUGCUCUUCUAUCACACCUACCGCCCACAUCUGUCCGGCUUACCCAUCGCUGUCUAUAUCGAAUCACCAUGCAGAACGAUCUGGGCCUGGACCAACCGAUUUGGGAAGUUUGCCAUGGAGGUAUGAUCGGGUUGAGAUAUUUGGUUGCCGUUCGCAAAUCCCUACUCAUCAAAGACACUGGUAUGGUGAAUGGUGUUCUCGAGGCUGUAAUGAAAGGCCUGGCCAAUUUUGAUGAUGAUGUGCGAGCUGUCAGCGCCGCAACACUUGUGCCCAUUGCUGAGGAAUUUGUGACAUCAUGGACCAGCUCCCUUUGUCCCCUCAUGAAUAUUGUUUGGGAUUGUCUUUCUAAUAUCCAAGAUGACCUCAGUGCCAGUACAGGAUCUGUGAUGGAUCUCUUGGCCAAGUUGUGUACAUUCCCCCAAGUUUUGGAUGCCAUGAAGGAGAAUGCGGCAGACGAUCCUGAAUCGUCUUUCGGCAAAUUAGUUCCUCGCCUAUACCCGUUCCUGCGACAUACAAUCACAAGUGUUCGUUCCGCCGUUCUUCGUGCGCUAAUGACAUUCCUGAAGUUGGAAGGAGAGGGUACAACGGAUUGGUUGGAUGGCAAGGCACUGCGCUUGAUUUUCCAGAACAUGUUGGUGGAGCGCAACGACGGCGUCCUCAAGCUGUCACUGGAAGUCUGGUCAGAGCUAUUGAAGGCCGCUGAGAACCGAGGAUUGUUUGGAGCCGAUUCUGAACUCUUGGAAUCUAUUGAACCCUUGGUCACUUUGUCUCUCGGCCCCUUCGGCGUUCCUCGCUAUCCUAUUCCCAUGAAUACCAGCUUGUUCAUAUCACCCUCCGGCCGACCAUUUGCUACGGUCGUCGCGCAGCUUCCAACCAAGGCCCUCUCUCCAGCUGCGACACCCGGCGCUGUUGAAAAGCCAAGCGGCAAAAGAAAAUAUGUGAAGAAAGAAGCACCUGAGCCGUCCCAAUCAGUUCACAAUGUGGAUGGACACAUGAUGUCUGGAGACAUUGAUCUUGUCGGUGCCGAUACGAUGCUUAGAUCCAAGAUCUAUGCUGCUAGGGGGCUUGGUGAAUUGCUGUCUUUCUGGGAUAAGCAUGACCUUCCAAGUCUCUGGUCACCAAUCUUGAAUGGCCUUACCCAUUCCGCGUCCAGUGCCCAGCUCUCUUCAGCCAUGGUCAUUACAGAGUAUGCCCGUCUUUGUGGAUCAGAGAGCAAAUACGCAACAUCCCUUUGCAAACCUCUGCGCUCAAUUGUCGAAGGCGACCGGCCAUCAUGGUAUUCCGAUAUAGCUUGCUACCUGCAUGUCGCACGCGCUCAGUGCCAUUCUCUUCUAAACACCUUCCGCGACCACGCCCAUGUCCCACCCGCGCGCUUACCGACUCUGGCUGUUGUCGUUCAAGGAGAUCCCGGGGCUGGCCCUAAUGCAUUCUCUCUGGCGGAUGCCGAGAAAAUUGUUGGGGCUGAUUUCGAUCGCUUGAAGAAAAAUUUGACGCCUGCUCAACGGAUCACUGCUACUCAAGUUUUGACCGACACACGCACUACUGCACAGUCGGCAGUCGAUGAUGCGCGUGGAUUUAAAGAAAAGAGAGAUAUGCGCGUACUGGCGGCUGCUGCAGGUGCACUAGUCACCUUGCGAGACAUUCCCAAGCGCCCGGGCCACAUAAUCAAGAGCAUGAUGGAUAGUAUCAAGAAAGAAGAGAACUUCGAUCUCCAGCAACGUUCUGCAACCGCAGUUGCAAGCCUUAUUGAGCAUUACACUACUGCUACGAAACGUGGACCAGUUGACAAGAUCUCAGGCAACUUGGUUAAAUAUUGCUGUGUGGAUACAUCUGAGACACCUGAGUUUUCGCAUAAUGCACAGUUGGAGAAAUCGAUCUUGUCUCUGCGCAAGGAAGAAGACCGAAGAGAUCAUCCUGAUGCAGCCAAGUUCGAACGAGAUGCCAAGGAGGCUCGCAUCAUGCGACGUGGUGCUAAGGAUGCCCUGGAGCAGUUGGCUGUCAAAUUUGGCGCAGAGCUCAUGGAGAAGGUCCCCAACCUAGCGUCCUUGGUAGAACGCCCAUUGAAUGAAGCGCUGGCAGGUGAACUACCAGCAACGAUCACUGAUCCUGGAAAUGAGCUCGGCCAAGAAGUUGUCGACGGCUUGUCUACCCUCCGGGCUCUUCUACCAAAGUUCAAUACUGGGCUUUACCCAUGGGUCAUCAGUCUUAUGCCAGUUAUUGUCAAGGCUCUGCAAUGCAGGCUUUCAGUCAUCCGCUAUGCGGCUGCCAAGUGUUUCGCUACAAUCUGCAGCGUUAUCACAGUGCAGGGUAUGACGAUGUUGGUUGAAAAAGUGCUGCCAAACAUCAGCAGCGGGCUGGAUGUUCACUUCCGUCAAGGAGUGAUCGAGUGUAUCUACCACUUGAUUCAUGUUAUGGAAGAUGGAAUUCUUCCCUAUGUGAUCUUCCUUGUUGUUCCUGUGCUUGGUCGAAUGAGCGACUCUGACUCCGAUGUACGUUUAUUGGCCACCACAUCAUUUGCCACACUUGUGAAACUCGUUCCUUUGGAGGCUGGAAUUCCAGACCCGCCUGGAUUUUCUGAGGAACUGCUGAAGGGACGAGACCGCGAACGUCAGUUCAUGGCUCAAAUGCUAGACUCCCGAAAAGUAGAGACAUUUUCAAUCCCCGUUGCUAUCAAGGCCGAGCUUCGGCCAUACCAGCAAGAUGGUGUCAACUGGCUUGCAUUCCUCAAUCGUUAUAAUCUCCACGGCAUUCUCUGCGAUGAUAUGGGUCUUGGAAAGACUCUACAGACCAUCUGUAUUGUCGCAAGUGAUCAUCACAUUCGUGCGGAAGAGUUUGCCAAAAGUCAAUCCACAGAUUCUCGCAAGCUUCCGUCAUUGAUUGUUUGCCCUCCAUCGCUCUCAGGCCAUUGGCAACAGGAGGUUAAACAAUACGCGCCGUUUCUGAAUUGCAUCGCUUAUGUUGGGCCCCCAGCAGAGCGUUCGCGAUUGCAGGCGCUGCUUCCUCAGGCAGAUGUGGUGGUAACAUCAUAUGACGUCUGCCGUAACGACAAUGAAGUGCUCAAUCCGAUUAAUUGGAAUUACUGUGUGCUUGAUGAGGGUCAUCUCAUCAAAAAUCCCAAGGCUCGGAACACAGUGUGUGUGAAACGUUUGCUUAGCAACCAUCGUUUGAUUCUGUCUGGUACACCUAUUCAGAAUAACGUGCUCGAGCUAUGGUCUCUCUUUGACUUCCUGAUGCCUGGAUUCCUUGGCACCGAGAAGGUAUUUUUGGACCGCUUUGCAAAGCCCAUUGCAGCAAGCCGUUUCUCCAAAUCCUCAUCUAAGGAGCAAGAAGCAGGUGCAUUGGCAAUCGAGGCCCUCCACAAGCAAGUGUUGCCAUUCUUGCUUCGUCGUCUGAAGGAAGAGGUCUUGAAUGAUCUACCUCCCAAAAUCAUUCAGAACUAUUACUGUGACCCCAGUGAGCUGCAAAAGAAGCUAUUUGAAGAUUUCAGUAAGAAGGAACAGAAAGAGCUGCAAGAUAAGGUGGGCAGCACAGAGAGAAACGACAAAGAGCACAUUUUCCAAGCUUUGCAGUACAUGCGUCGACUCUGCAACUCCCCUGCAUUGGUUGUCAAAGAAGGCCACAAGCAGUACAAUGAAGUCCAGAGUUUCUUGUCGUCUAAACGAUCCAACAUCCGAGAUGUGGCACAUGCCCCGAAGCUUUCAGCAUUGCGUGACUUGCUGGUCGACUGCGGUAUUGGUAUCGACACAUCUACUGAGGGCGAGCUAGACACUGGUGCAAGCUAUGUCAGUCCGCAUCGUGCCCUUGUUUUCUGUCAGAUGAAGGAGAUGCUAGACAUUGUGCAAAAUGAUGUCUUGAAGAAACUUCUCCCAUCUGUUCAAUUCCUUCGUCUGGAUGGUGGCGUUGAAGCCACCAAACGCCAAGACAUUGUCAACCGGUUCAACACCGAUCCCAGCUACGAUGUGCUGCUUUUGACUACUAGCGUCGGUGGAUUGGGUCUGAACCUUACAGGAGCCGAUACCGUCAUCUUCGUUGAGCACGACUGGAAUCCGCAAAAGGAUAUCCAAGCCAUGGACCGAGCUCAUCGUAUCGGCCAAAAGAAAGUCGUUAACGUGUACCGACUGAUCACCCGAGGCACUCUGGAAGAGAAGAUCUUGAACCUACAGCGGUUCAAGAUCGACGUCGCCUCGACCGUGGUCAAUCAACAGAAUGCCGGUCUCGGCACCAUGGAUACAGACCAACUUCUGGACCUUUUCAGCCUGGGCGAAACGGCAGAAACAGCUGAGAAACCAAGUGAUCAAACCGGCAACGAAGUCGAUAUGGUCGACAUCGAUGGCGAAGUCAAGGAGAAGGGAAAGAAGGGCUGGCUUGACGACCUCGGCGAGCUAUGGGACGACCGCCAAUACCAGGAAGAAUACAAUCUGGAUUCUUUCUUGGAAACAAUGAAGAGUUAA